CAUAUUUCCCUCUACAUGUCCAUUUCCGAAGAUUUCGAAACUUCUGAAACGACACCAAAGACAGAGAUGGAAGAAAAGAAACGCGUAGACGAGACGAAAAUUGGAUCACCAUGAAACGAUAAUCGCUAAUUAAUUUACGCAAUAUCGGAAACGACAAAUCUGCGGUUACUUAAUUGAAAAAACCCCUUGUAGAGUGAGUGACUGCGUUUUCACGGAUCUACUCCAUUGUUUUUACUGAUUUCCAAUUGGAAAAAAUGCACGGUGAAGUGUUGCGCGGUAUAAUGGAUGGAUUUUGGAAUGAACACGUUUGGUUGCCUCCGAACACAACAUGGAAAGACAUAGCCCCGGGCUCCAGUGACACAAUCCGAUAUUCCAACCCGAAGCAUCUGUACAUUCCAAUUCCGCUCGCCUUUCUAAUGUUGGCAUUGCGAUACUAUCUCGAGCACAAGUGGUUUGCUCCAUUAGGAGUGGCGAUUGGAAUGAAGGAGUACAGAUCGAAGACGGCUCCACCAAACGCCGUCUUGGAGAGAGCGUACAUGCGUUACAAGCGGGUGAACAAUAAACAAAUUCAGGGGUUGGCCAAGCAGCUGGACUGGCCCGAUCGAAAGGUGGAGCGAUGGUUACGCUUACGUCGAAGUCAAGAUCAACCGUCGACUUUGAUGAAAUUUUGCGAGAAUAGCUGGCGAUGCCUGUACUACGUCAGCAGUUUCCUUUUAGGUCUGGUAGUCUUGUGGAAUAAGCCGUGGUUUUGGGACAUUAGCCAGUGUUGGUUCAACUACCCUCACCAGAGCAUCGAUAUCGGUAUAUGGUGCCAAUACAUCAUCUCCCUGGCCUUCUACUGGUCGCUUUGCUUAAGCCAAUUCUUCGACAGGAAACGCAAGGACUUCUGGCAGAUGUUCGGCCACCACGUCGCCACUAUCGCCCUGAUGUCGCUCUCCUGGAUGACUAACAUGCACAGAAUCGGAAGUCUGGUACUAAUCGUCCACGAUUCCGCCGACAUCUUCCUGGACGCCGCGAAGAUGGCGAAGUACUCCGGCUACCAGAAGACGUGCGACGCGAUUUUCGCAAUGUUCACGCUCGUGUGGUUCGCGACGCGCCUCGGCGCCUUCCCCUUUUGGAUACUUCGAAACACGCUGAUCGAGAACCCCCCAACCAUGCCGAUGUUUCCGGUGUAUCACAUCUUGAACGGACUCCUGAUGUCACUGCUGGCACUUCAUAUAUUCUGGACGUAUCUGAUAUUAAAAAUAGCGUACAACUCCUUGUAUGCGGGAGGCAUCGAGGGCGACAUCAGAUCGAGCAGUUCCAAUUGCAGCGAUGACUCGAUUUCUGAUUAGCUUCUGUGUGCAUCAAAUGUAAUUUAUGUAGG